AUGUUGUUGUAUUUGUUACUAAUCGUACUUCAGGUCAGCCUCGGCCAAGGCGCGCCAUUACCUUCUCAUCAUACGAGACAAGACUACCGCUUGGGCACAAGAGAACGCGAAAAAUACCUUCAGCUCAGUGCCGUUGCUAUCCUACCUACCGCUACCAAGCGCUAUAGAGAGGGCUACCUCACCGUUGCACAAAAGACGACCUAUAGCAUUGACAGAGAAGGAUAUCUCACAGUUCCAGUCAGAACGACGAGUAUAUCUGGAGGCAUCGCUCAGAUACCUGCAUCGCCAUCUGCGAUCAAACCCGACACGACCGGAACCCUUGUGAGCACCCUCGAAACCGGCGGAAGACCGAGUCUUCAACCGUUCCCCACGAGCAGGAUUCCAAUUCCUACUUCACUUAUACCAAGCUCAGGGUCCAACAUUGCCACCAAACCGACAGCUACAUCCACAAUGGCCCAAGCUUCAGCCUUUCAGAACAUAUUUGGGGCGCCCAUCGCCGUCAACGCCCCUGCGGCAAUCUUUACAGUCAAGUCGGCUCAUCCAGUGCCCCGCCUAGGUGUUUCUGGACCUGGACCACACCAAACCAAUAAGUUCUAUGGCAAUUUCAACUUGGGUAACCAAAACGCGCCUGCAUACGUGCACCCAUACUCGGUAGCCUGGGCAAAAGGUCAAGGGGCAUCAGCCAGCUGGGGACUAUCCAUAUCACAUAUUGAGGCAAGCCAGAGGGUUUACGGCGACCAGUCCAAGGUGUCGGGUGUUAAUGCUGUCAAGUACUACCUCAACCCGGUCGGUAUCCAGUCACUGUGCUUGUCAGCUGCAGAACUCGACAAGACAACAGCAUUGACACUGGACAAUAUGGACACGCAAUCAGUCAACGUCAAUUUGCUGGACAAGUCGGAUGGCAAUGUGUUGAUCAAAUUCCCUUUGGUGCAGGGCAUGGCAUUCGUGACAGCAAUCUACUCGGGGUCGACGCCUGUCAUCAACUCUGGGGUGUUCUUCAAACAGGUCACAAAGUCGAUCAAAGGCCCCAAAACUGGGGUUACCAAAUACACCAUGUAUCUGGAGGACGGAAAGACGUGGCACCUAUAUGCUUACUCUUCCAGGGGCGAAAGCUUGGAUCUAACUGUCGUCAACAACGGGUAUGCCAGAGCCGACAAGCCAUUCAAUGGCAUCAUACAGGUCGCAAAGGAUCCUGGCGGGGCUGAGCAGACUUUGGAUGCAGCCUGCGGUGCAUACCCGACUAGAGUCACGCUGGCUGGGUCCGUGUCUGGUUCAAAGGGAUCCUAUACUUUUAAUUAUGCAAAGGAGGGUAUUGCCAACACCAAGCUUUUAAUGUACGCUCUACCGCACCAUCUGGAUUGUUUCGAUUCUGCAACCUAUGGGGGAAAGACGACGAUUCAAUUGCAGACCACGACAAAGGGGAUAGCAACUGCUAUUGUCGGAGACUCCUGGACCAUGGUUGAGCCUAACAUGCCAGUAGCCAUGGACUUUGCGCCCUGGGAUCCAAAAACAGGACCAAGAAAGACGCUCAAGGCGCAAUACAUUGACACGAUUGCCCCGAUAGCUUUGAAAGAGAUAUCACAGAAUGUCGACCAACAAUCCAACCAGAACUCAAUGUAUUUUAGUGGAAAGGCAUUGGCAAAGUUUGCCCAUCUGUGCUAUACUGUUCACGAUCUCCUGGGGAACAAGAAUCUGGCCCAGACUGGCCUAAACAACCUCAAGUCGGCUUUUACUCGAUUUGCGCUCAACCGACAGCAGUUCCCCCUGUAUUACGAAACUGCUUGGGGAGGGAUAGUGUCCUCGGCCACUUACCAGACCGGCAAUAACGGCGCGGAUUUUGGUAACACAUACUACAACGACCAUCACUUCCACUAUGGCUACUUUAUCCUUGCCGCUGCCAUCAUUGGAUAUCUCGAUCCAAGCUGGUUGACGAAGCCGAACAUUGAUUAUGUGAAUACUCUUGUGCGGGACAUUGCCAACCCUAACAGCCAGGACAAGUACUUUCCUGUGUCGCGCAAUUUCGAUUGGUACCAUGGACACAGUUGGGCACAUGGUCUAUAUGAGACUCUUGAUGGCAAGGACCAAGAAUCAAGCUCGGAAGAUGCCAUGCAUGCAUAUGCCAUCAAGAUGUGGGGCAAGGUCACAGGAAAUGUCAACAUGGAGGCCCGUGGUAAUUUGAUGCUAUCGAUUCUCACCCGUUCGCUCGAUAAUUACUACCUCUAUACUUCCGACAACAAAGUUCAACCCGCGAAUUUUAUUGGAAACCGGGUUGCAGGCAUCCUGUUCGAGAACAAGAUUGACCACACGACAUACUUUGGCCCCAAUCUCGAGUACAUUCAGGGCAUACACAUGCUGCCGCUGCUUCCCAGCUCCAAGCUCACUCGGUCCGCCAAUUUCGUGAAACAAGAGUGGCAAACCUACUUCAGCAACGGGCGAGCUGACCAAGUGGAAGGCGGCUGGAGGGGCAUUCUUUACGGCAAUCUAGCUACUGUGGACCAAAAUACCGCCUGGAACUUUUUCACACAAAAGACUUUUGACCCUGCAUGGCUAGAUGGUGGCGUAUCGCAGACGUGGUACCAGGCUUAUACUGCAGCACUCAUGUCAUGA